GGUUGUCUCCUCAUCCAAGCCCAGAGAAGAUGCAGGAAAUUAUUGGUGGUAUAAAGUACGAUAUUCUUCAAAUAUCAGUUCAGUGUUCAAGGAUUGCCCAUACAAGGUGUUUAUGCUUUGAUAGUAUUCUUCCAUCCCACCUCCUCUGCCUCUUUAAAUUUCUGAAGAAUUGUCUGUUUUUUGAUAAAUGCUGGCAAAAGGCUUGCUUCCACUAUGUUGAUCAGAGGGUGGCUAUGAUCAUUUGAUUGGUACUUCAGAACAUGGAUUGAUUAUUAGUUCAUCACAGCUUACAAUACCUGCUUUCAGGUUUGCUUUUGUUCUAUGUUAGAAUACAGGUUUAUACUAUGCUUUUGUUGUAUGCUAGAGUGUACUACUUCCUUUGUCUACUUAGCUGGUCAACAUAGUGCCCUGAUACUCCUACAUGUAUGUAGAAGAUGUUGGUCAAGAAGAUCCAAGCCUAACCAUGAUAUUGCUACCAUAUGGGGUCUUGUUGAGAAGAAAUUACGCCUCCCUUGCUUUCCCUCCAGUUACUUCAAUCCAAACAGAGCAUUAGUUUCUCAUAAGAUGGAUUUCCCACGAUAGUCACAAUAUACAUUGGUGCAUGGUUAUAGUGAUAGGGGUGGUUACUUCCCUAUAAUUCAAUACUGACCCACCAGAAAACCAGAAGUUAUAAACAUUUUAAUGUAUACCAUAUAGAAACUUGUAUGUUGGAGAAUUUUGUGUGGGGUUUAGAUGGGGGCAAUACCAUCAGAGGACACUUUACCAUGGUACCAUUUGAGGUCUGAGCCUUUGUUUUGACAUAGCUUUUCUGAUGCAUCAGUUUUGGCGUCUUUAACUCUCCACCUCAAGUUUUAUUUAUUCAAAUUUUACUAGGCAUGCGGUAGCAUAAAAUAUAUGUUGCACUCACAAUGGCACUAUGCUGUUUCAUUAAUCCAUAGUUGUUGCAAACAUGAUUGUGUAUUUAUAAUGUGGCAGGCAUUUAUUGAUUGCUUUUGGUUAAUCCAAUGGGGUGGCUCAAUGCCCAUCAUCAGAUGUACCAAUAAUAAUAAUAAUAAUAAUGUGGCAGGCAUUUAUUGAUUGCUUUUGGUGGACUUGCUGGCUUGAAAGAGAGCGUUGAAGAAGAUGAUAAUCUACAGGGAAAGAAUGCUCCUGAGGUAUUUGACUUGUAUUUGAACACAUGCCCUCACCAAGGAAGUCAAACAAUUAGGACAGAGGAAGCAAUUUUUAUAUCACUUCAUUAUUUCCAAGAAGAAAUUACUCGAGCACUUCAGAGAGCUUAAAACCAAAGGUAGCUUUAACUCUGCAUACAAGAAACACUGAUGAUUUUUGUGCUGGCAUAAUGCUCAGAUCCUCAUUUUGAAUAUAUGAAGCUGGUAGCAGAAUGCCUGUGUGUCCUCCAAAACACAUGUUCAUCUAGCAUGCGCAGGCGAAGAAAUUGCCUAUACAUUUUUGACUUUUGUCGUUUUUCUUUGGCAUUUUUUUGACCUUUUCCAGUUUUCUUUUUGUCGUUUCUAAUCAAUUCCCUAAUCUAGAGUUCUCUUCCCUAUGAUUUUCAAAACACGAGAGUUGAUUUGCCCCUGAACCUGCCUGUAAAGACUAA